AUGAUUGAGCGCAGUCAGGAUGCGGAGGAUGAGCUGAGGGAUCUGCUCCCAGAAGAAGCGCAGGAGUUGCGAGAUUUUUUGGAGAAGCGACGGUGGUUUGAAGCAAAGCUCAAGUCUCUGGAAGAUGUACCACCCAUAUACCCCUUCAUACAUCCCAUAUUGAUCUCGAAUGAUGGGGACAGUGCACGCCCUCGAGCUUUCAUACGGGAGAAGGAGAGCUCGUCGGAUUAUCGACUGCCCACCACUGACCAAAUUAAAGAAUGGCAGAAAGAACGAGACAGGAUUGAAGCAGAGGUGAUGGGCUUUGACGGAGGAGACCUCGAGAGGAUGAAGGAGAAAACUCGAGCCGCAACCCUCUUACCUCUUACACCCCCAUCGACCCAUCUUGUCUCCAUAACACUCGAUCUGAUCGUUUUGAUUGAUCGUCUUCUCACACUUCUUCGACACCGAGGAUCUCUUCUCGAGCUCACGGCGAUUCGUCUACGGUGGGAUCAGAUACGAUGGCAGAUACACUUGGAGACCGAGAAGAUACGCGACGAAGUCGCUCAAAUUGUGCGAGACAAAGGGAGAUGGCAGCCGGUGAUGGAGGCUCAAGGGUCUCGGAAACACAACCCACAACGCAAACAAUCGAUCCAAAACAUAUAUAUGGAUCAAAUUUCUAUCCCGCAAACUCCCAUUGCUUGCGUACCAAGUCUUUCCGAACGCUCGUCAGCAUCUGGGCCCAGUUCACCCAAUAUCUCUUCGCCUAGACCCGAAUCACACAAAUCUCCCAAAUCUCAUACUACGCCAAAAAGGUCACUCCAUAUCCCUCUGCUUCACUCUCAAUUGAUCAAUCUCAAUAUACGGCAGCAGAACCUUCAGGCAAAUGAGGUGAAGCGAAGUGGUGCCUUGCUUGAUCGAAUGAUUGACAUCGCGGGGCCUCUCUCAAAUCUGGGUGGUAUCGAUGGUCCGGUCGAUAGUGCGGAAAAGGUGGAUAAUGGAGCGGUACCCGAUGAGCUCUUAGAUUUACAAGAUGACAUAGAAGAAAAGGUCAGAGAUAUGGGCGAUAGAAUCGCUGGGGGUAAGCAGCUAGAAGAUCAUUGGAAAAGAUCCGAAGAGCACCACGCAGCAUCUACAGAUAGCCUACAUCAUGCCGAGCAUCUCAUUACCAUUCUCAACCUCCUUCUACAAGAGCCCGCAUCAAGCGAGCGUCACCGUGAAAUGUGUGACCUCCUCGAAGACGCGCAGAAACGACUUCCUAUACCUAUCAAUAAGUCAUUCCCUAGGCCUUCGCACCAAGCGUACCCAGAAAACGAUCAACACAACGAAGAGGUCGUUGCCGCUCUUACUGAAGUCUACAACCAGGCACAGAGCUCCCUGAAGACCUGUCAGACUGGUGUAGAAAGGUAUGGGAGGUUAGCAAGAUCGAGGGAUGUUAUACUAGCGCAGAGUUCGACUGCAACAGGCAUUGCAGCUACGUCGGAGAAUGCUAUCCACGUCCUGUCAAAUGGUGACGGUACUGCGAUCCCGCCUGACUUGAACGACCCACUAAGUCUCUCCGCUUCAUUCGCAGAGUGGGCACAAGAGGUGCCUCGGUGGAUCGCCAAAGCUCAGCAGCAGAUCGAAGAAGGAACAACUCUCUCGCAGAAACUCUCACUUGCGGUGGUUAGAUAUCAGAACCUCUUGCAACAAUCUUGUCAUGGCUUUCAACCACUCUCGGUUCAUGACGAUCUGAUCGAACAUGCCGGUAAACAGUCUGAAGACCUCAUGAAGCUGUCUAUGGCUGUGGCGGCAGCUGUCAAAGCAACUAGGGACCGGGAACAGGUUUUCUCUGCAUCGCAUCCUUUUCUUGUGUCUAUCAACGCAAUUCAGUCAAGUCUUGCACAAUUACAACAUACGAUAUCUUUAAAUACACGCCAAGCUGCAUGGCCGACUUCUGGAGCGGUGAAUUUGGAUCUUCUCAAGGACGAAGUUUCUCAACUGAGUCAGCGGGUGGAGAAAGAGGUACGGAUCCCUUCGCAGUCUCUGUUACGGCGCCUUCCUCAGAUACACGAAGCCUUUCCGAGAUUAUGGAGCUACAUGGAAGAGCAACUUUUCAAUUUUGAUGAGAAGGAAGAACGUCUUCAUCAAUCAAUAGACCUGUUAGAUCGGGUAAUUAGUCAAGCAAGAGCGAUCCGAUCAGCGGACGAAGAUGGAGCUUUGAUACGCAAGAAAUUUGAAGGCAUUCGGCAAGCGAUAGCAGCUUCGCGCCCUCCCACGGAUGUGGAACUCGACAAUAUGUCCGAACAGGUGGAUGAAAUGGACCAAGAUUUCAUGGAAUGGGAGUCGAGUCUGGCAGGAAGAAUCCCUUUGUUAGCCGAUACCAGCGGAACACUUAAUCCUGAAAAUGGUCACAUCGAGACAGAUCAGAUGACCCUUAUCGGGCCCACCCAUGUGAGAAUCGAGGAUCUACAUCAGCUAAUCGACAAGUCUGCGGUUGACCAAGCUGUGCGGAAACACAUUAAUAUGAGUAGCCUGAAACUUGCUUCCGAGAUCGACAACUGCAAAGCUCUACUCCUUCGUAUCAAACAUGAAUACUGGGAACGAAGAUGCCACGAAGCAGCAGCUCACAUCGAUAAUGUUGUCUCCCGAUGGCAAGUUUUACGGAAAGAUGUAGAAAGAGAGAUUGCAAGGCUCGAUCAACAAAUGGAUGCCGAAAUUUCGGAAGCAUCGGCUCCUCGCAACGCCGCAGACCUUGAAGCGCGAUACAGCUCAAUCUUCUUUCAACAUCGGACAGCCAGUAGAGAUGCCCUUGAAGAACUGAAAUCUCGCAUCAAAGACAUGCCAGAACCUAAUUGCAAUGCGUUGGAGGGGAAACAAUGGAACUCUACCAUUGGUCCAGCAACUUCUGCUGUCCAAGCGGUCCUCUCUGAGAUCGAUCAAAUGCAAGCUUUGCUCAAAGAUAAAAGCAGAAUUCGACUUAGCCCAAAGACGCAGGUCGCAAUCGAACAAAUUGAAGACAUCUUUGGUUCGUCAUCAACCUCAAACCUGAACAUAUCAGCCAGUCCUGUCGACCAAAUUCGCCAACUCCAGACAGAAUUAGACAAGCUAAAUCUAGAAUCCAUAGUCAACCCAUCGUCCGAGGAUCUGACGAAAACGCCUAGAUUGCAGCAGCUACCCGAUACUCAUACAGCUGGAAAUCUUGAUUCCAGUCUGAAAAGGAUAUCACAGAAAGCUCAGGAUGUGAAAAUGGAUCAGGCUAAUCCCAACUUAGCCUUACACAACACACUUGCAGCUUCCAUUGCCGAACGGCAAUUGUUAAUUCCUCGACUUCACCGGCUUGCACGCUUAUAUACAGUCAUCAAAAGGUGUGAUUCGGCUCACAGCGACCUGCUCCAAGCCAUCGAUGCGGAAAAUCCAGAUCAGCUAGAGAAGCUUCUGAUGCUCGCGCCAUCCGCGUAUAAAGCGGUUAUAGAAUCCAGCGUAGAGAUCAACGAUGAUCAACGUGUGAUCAGGGAAGUUAAGCGAGUCUCCCAAUCAUGGGAAGAGCUUCAAAUGUUAAUGAACCGAUCGGACCAGUCAGACAAGAUCUCGUCUAGGUCGCCAAGCGUUGCUUCGUACACUACAAAUCGUGCCAAUAGCGCCAUCUCUACCGCCUCUCGCUUGCCGCGAUUGGUCAGCUCCAUUCCACGAGCAACUGCCAGGUCCACUUCGAACCCAAUGACGGAUAGUUUCCCAUCGCCUUUUACCGAUUCUUCGACUGCUCUACGCAUGCGGGCGGUAUCUGACACUCCAAGCAGAUAUCGACUGUCUAGCCUGAAGAAGAGCGCUGGUCCGCCUCUGUCGACAAUGGGAUCGAUCACUACGCCUACAUCCAGUGAUACUGGAACUUGGCCUAGACAAUCCUCUUUACCCAGGCCAUCGCGUUCAUCCAUAAAUUCUGGGUCGUUGACGGCUCAAGGAUCGAAAGUACCUCGAGACUUCACCAAGAAGGAAUAUAUCCCGAAUGCUAAGAGCAAGCUUGAUGUGGCCAUAGGCAAGGUUGUGAAUAAAUUAGAUGUUCACGUACCAGUACGUCCAGUAGGUCUGAACAAUGCCGACGAGUGGAAAGACCAGUCAGGACAAUAUUGGAUAGGAGCGGAAGGCAGAGCGAAACUUUGUUUCUGUCGGAUUUUGCGAUCUCGUACGGUUAUGGUCCGAGUCGGCGGAGGAUGGGUCGAGCUUUCGAAGUUUCUUUUGGAUCAUUUUGCAGAUCCUGUUAAUUCUUGGCAGACUCCAUUCGGCGAGGCGCACCUCACGAGACAGUCCUCUAUUUCAGCGUCAUUAUCUAACAGUUCACUUUUCGGAUCGAAUUUGCCCAUACCCAUUACCUCGGCUUCACUCUCGUCGCAAUCUAUGGGAAGACCUGUCCCUACGUCCUACUCGCAUUCUUCGCUUGCAUCCAUAGCAUCGUCGUCCUCGGAAAGGACGCCGUCGAACAAGCCAAUCGCUCUGCCAAAUAACGAAGAGAAUUAUCUUUCUCCGGAGAAGUUCCCUCGGUCCACAUCCAACCGAAGUCUUCCAUCCCAACCUCACACCCCAGAUUCUGCAAGAAAGCUCAGCACCACCUCACCCAGCGGUCCAGGAAGUCCUCUCGCCGCAUUUCAGUUUAUGCGUAAAGCUUCCGAAAGUCCAUCGAUCAAAGAGAAAGAGAAGGAGAGAUUCCAUGGACGCAGAUCAAUUCUUGGUAAAGAGCUGCCAGCGGAUUGA